AUGGAAACGUGGCGGCCGCCUGUCUGCUUUCUUACCGCGGCCCGCACCCUCUCCUGCCCCGGCCACACGCCUCCGCCGCCAGUCCCUGCCCCGGCCACCCGAGUGCUGCUCCCUCGGGCCUCCCUGCGAACAGGCAGUUGGGAAGACGUUGCCGGGAGGGUUGAGGGCCUGGGUUCUACUGGCAGUUGGGCCGUGAAGUCCCAAGGUUCCGCUCGAGCUCCCUGCUGUGGGGCAGCGAGACCUGAGCCCUCCCAGGGUGCGCUGAGUGACUCAGCUGGACAGGUGGAGGUGAGCUCAGUGUUCACGGAGCUCAGUGAGCAGGGAUUUGAGUUCUGUUCUAAGCUGCACGGGAGCCUUCACCGGCCCAGAGCACGCCUUCCUGCAGAGCUGGCUGCUAGCGGCCCCUCAUCGGGGGCUUCGCCCCCCUCUCAGACGAGCACGAUCACCCUGGGGGACCUGGAGCUCUCCCUGGAGGAGGAGCUGGCCAGCCCCGGGCUCUGGAGUCUGGAGGAGGUGUCCGAGACGUGUGAGUCCAGCCUCCUGGUGUCGGCCACGACCGUCCCGGAGCAGGACUCCCCCGCACGCUGGAAGCAGCUAGAGCAGCGGGUGGCCGGCCUGCAGGCCGAGGUGGCAUCCCUGCGGGGACACAGGGACCGCUGCGAGCAAGCCAUGCUGAGCCUGCUGCGGGAGGCACUCCGACUCCGCGCCUGCGUGCAGCUGCAGGCCUCGGAGCUGAGGAAGCUGCGGCAGGCGGCUCGGGCCCCCGAGCAGGAGGCCCUCCAGCUCCCUCGCCCCCAGAACCAGACCCAGAUGCAGGCCCUGGACAGGAGGCUGGUGGAGGUCCGGGCGGCCCUGAGUCAGAUCAGGAGGAAGCAGGCGCUCCAGGACUCUGAGCGGAAGAACACGGAGCAAGAGGCCAGCCUCAGGUUGGCCAAGGUGGCCGAGAGGCUGGAUCAGGAGGAGCAGUCUCGGGAAGCAGCCUGCAGCGACCUGCAGAAGAGCCAGGAGGAGGCAAACCAGAGGGUGGACCGUGAGGUGGCCAGGAUGCAGGCCCAGGUGACCAAGCUCGGUGAGGAGAUGAGCCUCCGCUUCCUCAAGAGAGAGGCCAAGCUGUGCGGCUUCCUGCAGAAGAGCUUCCUGGCUCUGGAGAAGAGGAUGAAGGCCUCGGAGAGCGCCCGGCUCAAGGCGGAGGGCAGCCUGCGGGAGGAGCUGGAUGGCAAGUGGCGAGGGCUGCAGCAGAUGGCCGAGGAGCACGCGCAGGCCCUGCAGGGGCAGCACGAGGAAGAGUGCCACCUCCUGGAGCAGUGCCGGGGCCUGGACAGGGCCGUGGUCCAGCUGACCAAGUUCGUCCGGCAAAACCAGGAGUCCCUGAACCACAUCCUCCUGGCGGAGCAGAAGGCCCGGGACGUCCAGGGGCACCUGGAGGAGAGCCGGGCGGGCGAGCUGGUCACCCACCUGCAGGAGAGCCUGAAAGCCGUGCAGCUGGCGGGCGAGCAGGCCCAGCGGGAGGCACACAGCGCACUGGAGCUGCAACAGGAGAAAAGCCAGGCCCUGGAGGCGUCGCUGGCCCAGCUGGGGAAGCAGGUGAAGGACCUGAGUGACCACUUCCUGGCCCUGAGCUGGAGACUGGACCUGCAGGAGCAGACGCUGAGCCUGCAGCUGAGCGAGGCAAAGAGAGAGUGGGAAGGCUCAGAGCAGAAACCCCUGGAGGGCCUGGUCCGCUGUCAGAAGGAGGCCGAGGCGCACCUGAGGGAGGUGCGGGAGCGCGUGGACAGCCUGCCCUGGCAGAUAGAGGCCGUGUCCGACAAGUGCACCCUCCACAAGAGCGACUCAGACCUCAAGAUCUCAGCCGAGGGCAAGGCCAGAGAGUUGGAGGUCGGGGCCGUGCGGCAGCAGCUGGCCUCUCUGCUGUCGUCUGUCCAGCUGCUCAGGGAGGGCGACCCCGGGCGGAAGAUCGCGGAGAUCCAGGGCAAGCUGGUCACGUUUCAGAACCAAAUAAUGAAAUUGGAGAACAGCAUGCAGGACCACAAAGCCAUCCAGAACCUCAAGUUUAAUACAGAAGCCAAGCUGCGCACGGAGGAGAUGGCCAGCCUUCGAGAGAGCGUCCUGCGCCUGUGGAGCGAGGAGGGCCCCUGGGCGCUGACGCUGGGCAGCAGGAAGGUGCUCAUGUCCCUGGUGCGACAGCGCUUCUUCGUCAAGGACUCGGCCGCCGGAGAGGCGGCCUCUGUGAACCGCUGGGGCGUGUACCAGGCCGUGAGGUGGCUGCGGUGGAAGGCGGUCCUCAUGAAGCGGGCGGCCCAGCGGAGGCCCGGCGCCCUCCGGGACAGGCCCUUCCGCCGGGAGCCCGCCCGCCCACUGGCGUCUGUGUCCCUUUCCCUGAAAUAAACGCGGCAGCUCCUGUGCC